AUGAAACAAACAACCUUAUCAACCCACUUCCCAAGUGUAAAACCAGACCUAGAUUCUGCUACACGCAAGCGAAAGCACAAAGAAAAUGAUGAUGAAUCUCUUCAUGUUUCGAAAAUUCUCAAGCUGGAGCCCACUCAAACUCAACGAGUCGACCCGCGCAUUUGCAAAAGCCUCAAUGGUGACUUUGAAAAGUCAGCAUCUGAACCCAUCCAGGCACAAAAACUCAAAGUCCUUCUAACCCCACCUAGCCAAGUCCCUCUUCUAUCUCAAAAAACCCAAGACUUAAUAGAAACUCUUAAAAAACGAAACUUACUCUUUGUGUCAAUAUUUAUUUUUAUAUAUUUUAAAAAUUUAUUUGACAAAAUUUCAUAUAAAUUAAUUUUAAAUUAACUCUGGGGAGAUUUAGAUCGUCCAAGAAAAGAGGUCGAUGAGGUGUUGAGCUCGGUUACCGCGAAAGAAAAGUACCAAGACCUAUUAGACCCCCAGCGUGCUCUUGCCCUUCCUUAUAAGUACAGAAGACUCUUAGACCUGUUAGAAGCCGCAGAUACGAGCUUAAAUUGUGAAAUUCGUUUAAAAAAAUCAUAUAUACCUAUCUAUAUAAGCUUAAUUUCAAAAAAUAUCUGCCAUAUAUCUACUUUUUUUUAAAUAAGAUUACUGGAUCAUAUCCUGCUUUUUCAUAUAUCUUUUGAAAAUAUAAAAAGGGCGGUGUCAGAAACAUAUAAACUGAAAUUUGAUCUAACUCAGCUCCAGCAGAUGCUUUAUGUAAUUCCGACCAUCUAUAGGAUGACAUGGCUGAAAAAGAAUGCAAGAGAAUUCGAUUUAAUUAUGGAUUUCCCUGAAAAUCUUCCAAAAAUUGAGAAUCAAAUUACAAGAGAUCUAAUUGAAGUAAGAAAGUCUCAUUUCAGAAAAGGGCUAAUAGAAAUCAUCAAGCAAUACCACGAAGCCUUCCUAUCUUCACUCCCAAGUCGCCCACAAAUAGACCCUGAAAAACUCAAAACAUGGCACUCUUCUUUUGAUUUACAUAAUUUGCCAGACCUUCCUCUCAAAGAUCUUCCAGACAAACCAGACUCUCCAGUAAUCCCAAACAUUUCUGAUAUUUAUGAGCUAGGGUUUUCAAGAAAUAAAUUAUUAAAAAAUGUCUUUGAAGGAAUUUCAGAAAAUAAAGAAAUUAAUAUUGCAGAAACACCAGUCACUGGUGAAAAUACACCAAUUAAAGGGCUCUCACUAGAAAUUUCUAAUCAAAUAUUAGCAAAAGAAGCUGCAUUUAUUGAAGAAAGUUUACAGAUGGAAAGUCCUGAGAAAAAAGCUAAACAAGUAAGAGCUCAAAGGCUAAUUAACAUGUGCGAAUUAAUGAAAGCUUUAUUUUCAGUCCACAAGACUCCAAGUAUCUUUUUCUCAUGCUUAGUUAAAAAAAUCAAGAACAAUUGCAAAGGAUUGGCAAAAGAAGUAAUUGAAGAAGAUGUCAAGGAAAUUGUUGAUCUUUUCCCUAACUGGAUUUCUAUUUUUAAUACAAACUCUGGAGAUGUCGUGAGAAUGAAUAGAAAGCAUGAAGCAAUGAUGGUGGAUUUAAUUGAAGAGAUCCAGAAAAAAUAUAACUAA